UANGUGUUCGGCACCUCGCUGGGCACGGGGCUGUCUGGCCUGCUGCCUGAGAACUACGUCAACCGCGCUGAUGAGUCUGACACCUGGGUCGUCCACGGGUCUCACUCCGUGCUCACCAGUGCCUCUCCGUCUAUCUCCGGCAGCAGCGUGGCGGGGUCAUUGUUUGACGGACAGCUGAACGACAGUCUGUUUGACACUCUCAUGGAUCCUCCCAGCCUUACUGGCCUCUGUCCUCCUAUGCAGGUGUUGAGGCCGACCUGUCAGUCUUCCCUUUCCAAGAUGAGACUGUUUGUGUGUCGCCAUGGCGAGAGGAUGGACGUGGUGUUUGGGAAAAACUGGGUCUCUCAGUGCUUUGACGCCAAAGGCCGAUACAUUCGCUCCAACCUCAACAUGCCGUCCAGCCUGCCAGCCAGAAGUGGAAGUCACCGGGACUACGAUAAAGAUUGUCCAAUUACUGUGUUCGGCUCCACCCAGGCCCGACUUGUAGGUGAAGCUCUGUUGGAAAGCCACACAGGAAUAGACUUUGUUUACUGCUCGCCUUCUCUUCGCUGCGUCCAGACUGCUCAGAACAUUCUGCAGGGUCUCCAGCAGGAGGCAAAGACAAAAAUCCGUGUGGAGCCUGGGUUGUUUGAAUGGACCAAGUGGGUUGCAGGCACAAGUUUACCCGUGUGGAUCCCCCCAGCUGAGCUGGCUGCUGCUAACCUGAAUGUGGACACAACGUACAGACCUCAUAUUCCCGUAAGCAAGUUGACCGUAUCAGAAAGCUACGACACCUACAUCAGCAGGAGCUUCCAAGUAACCCGCGAGAUCCUGACAGACAGCAAAAACCUGGGAAACACGGUCCUGAUUGUGGCCCAUGCUUCCUCCCUGGAGGCCUGCACUCGUCAGAUACAGGGCCUCAGCCCGCAGAACUCCAAGGACUUUAUCCAAGUUGUCCGAAAGAUUCCUUACUUGGGUUUUUGUGCUUGUGAAGAAUUGGGAGAGACCGAGGUGUGGCAGCUGGUCGACCCGCCCAUCUUGCCUCUGACACAUGGACCCAAUCACAGCUUCAACUGGAGGGAAAUGCUAAUGCAAGACUGAAGGAUUUGCUCUUUGGCUCUCUUAUCUUUUUGUGACCCUGAACUGCUGAAAGAAAUAUUUAUUUUUAACCCACUCUGCUCUAAAUCCAGCCCAACUACCAAAAAAAAAGGAAAGAAGAAAGACCACGUCUGGCUUCCUUCAAAGACAUCAUGCAAAAAAUAAAUGCAUUUAUUGAAGCAAAUGUAUUCAGACACACAGCUCAGGAAUGAGAAAAAAUAUGAGCCACAGAUAGAAUUGCAGUUUGGUGUUUUGAGAAUUGUGGAUAUUUCUUAAGACUUGUUGAUGAAUCAGGUUUAUUGCCAUGAAAAAAGUGACGUUAAGUCUAUGACUCCUCUUCAGGCAGGGCGGUGAAGACUUUGUGUGUUGCUGCCUUCACACACACUGUGACAAGAAGUAGACGAGAAAGACUACCACCACAGAAAUAUUUUUCCAUGUGUCAGAAAUUAUUAUUUAACUUGUAGCUAAGACCCUCCCGCAAAUAAAAAAAAAAAAGCACAAAAGAAAUGUUGACAAUCAGACAGGGGAAAACUGAUCUUCAUUGUUUCUGGUGCCGAGAUGGGUGGUUUAUGAUUCCUGUAAAUGUCAUAUCAUUAAGUGAUUUUCUCUAAGUUAACAUUUAAUUGCCAACAUGAAUCGUUUUACUUUCCUGCAAUGCAGUUUUAUUACCACCACAGGAGCAACCAAGGCUUAAGAAAAUUAAUAUAAUUUAAUACAGAUCGCUUUUGGGUGCGUUGACUAAAAAUAUUUGCUUGUUAAUCACAGCAGCACUGUUGAAUUUCAUGUUUUUUGUUAUGUCAGAUGAUUUAAAUGCUUACUGCCUAUACCAACUGUUUGUUAUUUGAGACCAAGCAUCUAUUGAUACUCUCAAAAACGAAUAAAGCAAGGAUGUGGAGAUAUGGCCUAUA